AUGGUCUCCGCCACCUCAGAGCCACAGAAUCACAACGGCGACGUUGUCGCCGUCAUCGGAUGUGGUUUGAUGGGCAGCGGCAUUGCACAGGUGUGCCUUGCCUCUGGCUACAGUGUCAAUCUAUAUGGAAGAAGUGAUCAGGCACGAGUAGCGGCUAAGGACCAAAUACGGCGUGGUUUGGUCAAGAACGCCUCAAAGAAACAGGGAGACGAAAUUUCACCUGUGGACACAGUGGAAAAAGCAGUUGAUUGCCAAAUGGGACAACUCAAGCUUUGUGGAGAUAUUCGUGAAACUGUAUCAAACGCCUUGUACGUUAUUGAAGCGGUUGUAGAAAAGAAAGAAGUCAAAGAUGAAAUCUUCACUGAAGCUCAGAUUCACUGCCCACCGUGA